UUUGAAGCCUGCUUGUUUCAGAUGUUCUGUGUUCACUUUUUUUCAUCACUAGAAUCUUCAAUACUUGCUAUUAUGGCUUAUGACAGAUAUGUUGCUAUUUACAAUCCCUUGCGAUAUAUGUCAAUUUUAUCAUACAGAUUUUUAGCUAAAAUGAUUCUAUGUCAUUUUCUGAGAAAUCUUAUCUUAAUAGGCUUGCUACCAAUCUUAGCCACCAGGUUGCCUUUCUGUUCAUCUAAUGUCAUACCACAUUGUUACUGUGAUCAUAUGGGUAUUUUAAAAUUAGCAUGUACUGAUACAACUAUGAAUAGUUACCUAGGCCUUUUUGAAAUUGCCUCUAUAUUUGGAUUGGAUGCCAUUUUCAUUAUAUUUAGUUAUGUAUUGAUUCUGAGAUCUGUUCUAAAAGUUGGCUCAAAGGAGGCAUUUCGUAAAGCACUGAACACGUGUGGUGCCCAUUUGUUUGUAAUUUUGUAUUUUUAUACAACUUUACUAUUUAGUCUUUUAGUUUAUCGGACUGGUAUGAAGGUUGUCCCUGAAAUCCACAUUAUGUUUUCUGUUUUAUAUCUUCUUGUACCACCAGUUUUGAAUCCCCUUGUUUAUGCCAUUAGAACAAAGGAAAUCCGUCGUGCUAUUUUUAAAAGUUGUUUUAAAUAA